AGAGAAUGCUGCGAAUUUGCGGCUUGCUUCUCGUUUUCUUUGGCGCCUCGUUGGUUUUGUACGCGGUUUGGAGCUACGGACCACUUCCGGAGGGUGCGCAGAGGCCUCGGUUCCCGAGGGAUUUGGAAGGGUUGCGGGAGUUGAGCUCGAGUUUGACAAAAUAUGAAGAAUCCCAUGCCGCCUACACAGUACUUCUCUUCUCAGCAGCUUACCUCUACAAGCAGACUUUUGCGAUUCCCGGAUCAUUUUUCAUGAAUCUUCUAGCUGGAGCACUUUUUGGCACAGUUCGUGGAGUUGCACUGGUUUGCAGCCUUAACGCAGUUGGAGCAUCUUUAUGCUUCUGCCUAUCGGCUCUUUUUGCAGCACCAAUUGUCGACCGGUUUUUGAAGUCAAGAAUUGAAAGUUUGCGGUGUUUGGUAAACGCCGAACGUGACCGCCUCUGGUUUUUCCUAUUGUCUGCCAGAAUCUUCCCAUUCACUCCUCAUUGGUUGCUGAACAUCUCCAGUCCAUUUUUGGAUGUACCUUUGAGAUAUCACGCCAGCUCGGUUUUUGUCGGCCUCUUCCCCUACAACCUGCUGUGUGUCCGCGCCGGUACUGUACUUGCCGAAGUGAACUCAAUGUCCGAUGUUUUCGAUGUCUGGACCCUCUCGGAGCUCUUCAGUGUCUCACUACUGCUUCUGGUGGCCACCAGAAUUGCAAAACAGAAUAGUUUGGAGAAAAAAGUUUCCGGGUACAAUGAUGAGCUGCAUGGAGUUAAAGUUUCCUAGUUUUUUGAUUUCGAUUUUUGUUUUAAUUUCAUGUUUUAAUAGUUUUAUGUGCACUUUUAUGGGUUUGAAUUUUAUUCGCGGGUUUUUCUAUGAAAUGAAUUAUUUUUCA